UUCUUUUUUUUCUCUCUUAUUUAAUUGUUAGUCAGUCACAGUACAACACAUUUCAGUAGUGAAUAAAGCAAAGUUUAUCCAUGAAUCAGUUGAAUGAAUGAUUCAAUGGCUCACACGUUAAUGCAGUCACUUGUUUUGUAAGUGAACGAAUCAGCGUUUUUUGAAAUAAUUUGUUGAAUACGUUUCAAAUGACUCACUAAAGAGCCAUUCAUUUGGCGCUACAUACAAACUAUGUAAACUGCACAAAGAGUCAAACUAAAAUUGGUAAAACUAAAUCACAUUUUCAAUAAGUGUUCAUAAUAAGGCCGGGAACAUGUAUUAAGACAGCAAAUAUGGUAAAAUUUCAACAAAAAUAAAACAAAAUAAAUAUUCGCAAUGCUUCAUGGGUGUGGGCGGUAAAACGUUGAGCUAUUUUGCCGCGAUUUCGGGUUCUCAUGGCAACAGCAACUAAGCAUUUCUGGAAAGUACAAUAGGCUACUUAAAUCAUUCUUCGAAACAACAGUAAAUUAUUCCAUCUAAAUAAACAUAUACAAUCCCUUAACAACCUCGGAGCUCACGGAAGAGAUCAAAACGGGUCAGACGGGUUCUUCUGUUUUCCCCAACCGUGAAGUAAAAGAAAGGACACUGAUGAAGGAUGCUGGGGGAGCUCCGCUUGACAGCGCUCCAGUCUCUCCUGGCUGUGUGUCUGCUCUUCACCCUGGAACAUGGCAUGGUGAGCUGUGAUACUGUGGUGAACAUGCGUAAGGUGACUCACCAGCGGGUUCAGGAGCCAGUCUCAGGUACGGCCCUCCUGCCGUGUGUUUUCACCCUGCGCCCGAGUCCUUCAAACGAACCCCCCCGCAUCAAGUGGACCAAACUGUGGGGUCAACGCGGCCCGGAUGGCCUACAGAAGCAGCAGUCGAUUCUGGUGGCUAAAGACAACAUAAUCAAGGUGAAGAAAGCCUUCCAGGGCCGCGUGACCUUGCCAGGAUACCCAGAGAACCGCUAUAACGCCAGCUUGGUGCUGACAGGCCUGCGAUCCAGCGACUCGGGGAUGUACCGCUGUGAGGUCGUGGUCGGCAUUAACGACGAACAAGAUACGGUGCCCCUUCAGGUCACGGGAGUGGUGUUUCACUACCGUGCGCCUCACGACCGCUACGCGCUGUCCUUCACCGACGCCAAAAGAGUUUGUCUGGAGAACUCUGCCAAUAUUGCCACGCCGGCCCAGCUGCAGGCCACUUUUGAUGAUGGCUAUGACAACUGCGAUGCUGGUUGGCUGUCGGACCAGACUGUGAGGUAUCCCAUCCAGUCGCCUCGGCCUGGCUGCUUCGGCGACAGGGAGGACUCACCUGGCGUGAGGAACUAUGGCAGCCGAGACCCCGACGAGAUGUUCGAUGUGUACUGCUUUGCCAACGGCCUGCAAGGUGAAGUGUUUCACACCAGCGUGCCGGAGAAGUUAAGCCUGGCAUCAGCUUCAACUCACUGCCACACUCUGGGAACUCAGCUGGCCACGGUCGGGCAGCUCUACCUGGCCUGGCAGGGUGGCCUCGACCGUUGUGACCCUGGCUGGCUGGCUGACGGCAGCGUGCGCUACCCCAUCAACCUGCCCCGGCGUAACUGUGGAGGAGAUGAACCAGGAGUACGGACCGUUUACCACAACCCCAACCGCACCGGAUUCCCAGACACUAGUGACCUAUUUGACGCCUACUGCUAUCAAGAGAAGAAUUUCGAAGAGCAGGCGGCGAUACUCCACAAAACCCUAGAAAACUCCAAUUUGAACUCUUCAAGCGACGAAGAGGUGCAACUCCAAAGAAACGGAGCCUUCCCUGAACCUUCAACUUGGACUGGUCUGGUCGAUCUCGAGAAAGAAGACUUCCAGUCCAUCAUAAACAACGAAUCUUCAGAAAUCUCAGAGGAGCAUGUUGUAAUCCAUCUUGGACCUGAAGAAAGGUCUGUAGACUGGGAAGAUGAUGCUGUGGAGAAGCAGGAGAACCUUCAAGGGGGUUCGGCGAAAGAGGAGACCGAUGAUUCAGAUGGUCCCGAUGUGUCUCCCGACCCGUCUUCAACCACGCCAUCUUCCUCUACGCAAGCUCAGACCAGCAACAGCGUAAUUUCCAACUUUAUGAACACAAUCAUGAAGCCAUUUAGGUACUGGACCGGGACUGGAGAACCUGCGAUACCGGCCACAGAGUCCAGCCUCUACAGAGGAACCUCAGAAAUAGUCCCACCUGCCAGGACGAAGCCAAGUAGAGGGAAAACAAGCAAAGUUGGUGCUGAUAACGCCAUCGUGGAGCCUAAUAUCAAGGAACAUUCAUAUAAUCCCUCCUCGUCAGAUCCAGAAGAUGAGCUCUUGGAACAGGAGAAAGAAGUGGUCUUGGUGGCUGCGCAGCAGGAGAUAAAGAGUCCAAGCAAUUCUUAUUUGGAUCAUCCAUAUUCACAGACCUUCACAGACAGCUUUACUGGACCAACCAAAGGAGCGAUUGGAUCAGGAACGGCGGAUCCGACUCUUUCUUCGGUAUCUAAGAGCUUCGGUUACAUGAGGAGCAGCCAACAAGUUUGGCCUUUGAAAGUUGCCCCAAGCAAUAAUAGUCAUUUCAUAACUCAAACAAGCAGUCCCAUGGAAGCCAAAAGAGCCAGUUUGGAGAUCAUGACCAUUCCUGUUUCCAGGAACAACCCUGAGAACUUCUCCGGGGAAGGGAAAGACUUGAACGAGGAUGGUUACCCUAUUCCCAAAGGUCCUCCAUCGCUGUUAUCUGCAGAGGAAGAAAAAGAUGCCGAAGGAAGUGCAGGGAAGGAGUUUCCGUUCACCCUUGACAGCCAAAUAAAUGGAUCCGAUGACCACGGAGUCCCGCUGGAGACCACUGUCAGAUGGCAGCUUAUGAGUCUCCAGACGACUCAACCUACUAGUGCGUCCAGUUCUUCUGAAACCAAGCAUGAUAAACCGGUCGACACGGUUGAGGAAGCCAGGGGGGAAAUCAUGUACGUCCAUCGCCCCAUUGUAAACCACAAGAACGGUCCCUCAAAUAAAGUCACCUUGCCUUUUGUUAAACGGAAGCAAGACCUAGGGUUGACCAUUGCACCAGAAACACACACUUCCAACACACCUACCACCCCAAGCCCUGGAGAUCCCAACGAGGACAAGCUAGCAAUUCAACCACCAACCGUAGGGAUCACUCCUUCCCAACCUGGAGAAGAAACCACUACCGAAGACAUUUUGUGCACUCCGGAUCCAGCUGUUUCUAGCACGUGGUUACCUGUGGUUCAAGAGGAGGUAGAUACUCCACAACCACCGGUUCCUACCAUAAUAAUGACGCAGGCUGGACCUACGGUUCAACCGACUAGUCCAGGUCCAAAGGACACUUCCCAGCAGGCUGAGUCCAGGUCAGGAGGGUCGGAGUCAUUUGUGUUGGCUCAGGGCUGGAUAACAUCUGAACCGGUUCCAACGGAGGAAUCUUCAUUCCAGACCACAGGAAGCCCAGAGAAAGACACAACUGUGGCUGGGAGUGAAAACAGCCCCUCCAGAACUUCAGCAGAAGAUGAUCCCUGCCAGACCAACCCGUGCCUGCACGGUGGGAGCUGUUUGACCGAGGGGGAUGGAUACAGUUGUCUGUGCCCUCAGGGCUAUUCGGGAGAGAGCUGCGAGAUCGAUAUUGAUGAUUGUCAGUCCAAUCCAUGUCAGAAUGGAGGCACCUGCAUUGAUGAGAUCAACUCUUUCGUAUGCCUGUGUCUUCCCAGCUAUGGUGGAGCAACCUGUGAGAAAGAUACUGAGGGUUGCGAGCACAACUGGAGAAAGUUUCACGGCCACUGCUACAGGUACUUCACCCGCAGACACACGUGGGAAGACGCAGAGAAGGACUGCAGAGAGCACAGCGGUCACCUGGCCAGCAUCCAUUCCACACAAGAGCAGGACUUCAUUAAUGGACUGUGCCAUGAAAACACAUGGAUUGGUCUGAAUGACAGGAUGGUGGAAGACGACUUUCAGUGGACUGAUAACAUGGAUCUGCAAUAUGAGAACUGGAGGGAGAACCAGCCGGAUAAUUUCUUUGCGGGCGGAGAGGACUGCGUGGUGAUGAUCGCCCAUGAGAACGGCAAAUGGAACGAUGUGCCCUGCAACUACAACCUGCCCUACAUCUGCAAGAAAGGCACAGUACUAUGUGGAGCUCCGCCCACCGUGGACAGCGCUUUCCUGAUUGGUCGGAAGCGUUCGCAUUAUGACAUACACUCUGUGGUGCGUUACCAGUGCGGUGACGGUUUCCUCCAGCGCCACAUUCCCACCAUCAAAUGUCGCGCCAACGGCAAAUGGGACCGGCCCAAGAUCAUCUGUACGAAGUCAAGGAGAUCUCACCGCUACAGACGCCACCACCACAAGUCCCACCACGAGCGCAGAAAGCACAAGAGGCACGGUUCAGGAGGUCAUCGAGGUCAACAGGAGAGUCACGGCCAUUUCUAACCAAAUAAUCCCCUCCUCUCCUCCAGCCUUUCACCUAAACCUCCUUAUCUUUGAUAUCCGACGGCCUUUCACCUUUCCCCCUUCUCGUCUAGCUCAGUCUACCCCCAUUAUGACCAGAGGGGUACUGCUGGACCUCACAAGGACUAUAACAAUUUCACUUUUCCAUCUCUUUAUCCGUUAAUGUUACAUCUCAGUUUAGUGGAUCCAACAUGAGGAAAGUUCUUUCGUACCUUCAAUGUAGAAAACACUCUAGGUAACUGUUUAUGUAUUUUUACAUAAGCAUUAAUUGAGCGGGUGGGUUGGUACUACAUGUAAAUAUUGUAUUUCAUUUCAAAACGCGGGAUCAAAUCGAAACAGCCAGGAAAUGCUGGGGAUUGGUUAGCUUGUGCAGUGUUUCUUGACCGUUUUGAUAUUGGUUUGCUCUUUGUAAGACAUUAACCUAAUUUAUACAGUAUUUCUGAGUAUUGGUGUGUUUUGAGUUGAGAGGAGUGGUGCUCAUCUGGAUUUUACAUGAAAAUUAAAUCACGCUCAUGUCGUUCCAAACCUGUAUGAUUUUAUUUCUUCCGUCGAACACAAAAGGACAUGAGUGACUGGCAACAGGAGCUGUCGAAUUAAAAAAAUGGCACAAUAAAAGUAGUUGUGCACUGUAUUUGACAUCUUCUGAAGCCGUACGAUAGAUUUGUGCAUAAAACAGAUCGAAGUUCAAUCAAAAGUCAUUAUUCCAUUGUAGCUUUCAUAGAAAUGUCAACGAUGUCAAAUCUUAAUGAUGAACGAGAUUCGGUGGCGCUUUCUGCAAAUAAUCAUUUAAAUUUAGCAUUUUCCUCACACAAAUUUAUCGAAUACCUUCAGUAUUGUUGUGUUUUGGGUUGCGAGGAGUGGUGCUCAUCUGGAAUUUCAGUGUAGAAACUGCACAAUUCACACAAAAAUUAAAUCAUACUCAUGGUGUUCCAAACCCAUAUGAUUUUAUUUCUUAAGUCAAGCAAAAAAAGGAGAUGAGUGACUGACUAUAAAUGAGCAAUAUCAGCUACGAGUGUGAUAUUGCGUUUAAACAACAGUUUGACGGCACAAGUGUGUAAAUACAUAAGAAACAACUUUAAAAACCCUCUUUUGUGCAGAACUACUUCCUUCCGCCACGGAUUCAAAUCACAAGUUGACGGUUUAACAGCUGAGCCCAAGCCUCCGUUACUAAUUCGAAAACUAUUUUAAAUCUAAACAAGUACAUUUUUGCCUAAAAAACUCUUAAAACUACAUUCCAUGACACAAAAACAGUAUUAUCUUAUAAAAUUACAGUGGAUUCACGGUUGGAGUUCUGAUAUGACUUGAAUAUCGCACUCCUCUCAGCCAAUCAGAUUUGAGGACCAGAAAGAACUGUUGUAUAAACGACAAUAAAGCACCAUGAAAGUAUAAAUUUAACGUCUGAUAGAUUUGUGCGAGAAACAGACCAAAGUUAUUCAUAAUCAAAAAGGUGCUAUUCUGUUGUAGCAUUCGCAGAAAUGUGACAUUUGAUCUCCUUGAUGUCAAACUGGUGAUGAACGAGAUUUCAGAUCUGUGUUGGCUUGCUUUUUUUGCGAAUAAUCAUUUAAUUCUUGCAUUUCCCUUAUACAAACUUAUUGAAAAUCUUCAGAAGAAGAAUAUAGCACACAUAUGGUCAUGCAAACCACUUUUAUGAAACUUUUAUGGUGCUCCACUGGAAAAGAGCAGCUUGGACACUCUGCAAAGUAUCUUCUUUUGUGCUCCACAGAGAAAAGAACAUAAUACGGGUUUGAAAUGACAUGAGGUUAAAUAACUGAUGACAGACUUAAUUGUUGGGGUCAAACUAUUCCUUUAAGUCCUUAAACAGCUUUUAACUAGAUGUUACGCAGAUGUAUUUCAAGCCUUGAAUAAAGUUUCACAGGAAUUGACUUUGAAUGACUUGAUAAGAAUUAGUUAGAUGAAAUGUGCCACUGUAAAAUCGCCCCUACUUGUGGUUCUCCAUCUGUUAUUGAUGGUCUGUGCCAUGAUCUCGCACUUUCUCACCCACAGAGAAGAAAUUGUCCUGUCAGAGCCUGUCGGCGAGAAAAAGAGCAAGAAUUAGAGGGACGGAAAGAGAGGUUCAACUUGCUGGUCUUAAUUGCACUCGACUACAUAUAUGCCACAUCAAACCGAGCCGGUGACACGGUACUUUUAACAGCCUUGGGGGUCACAGCUAUGCCCGUAAUUAGCUUCUCAAAGUAGCACACUUAAGGAAGAAAUAAAACAGGGAUGGAUUCCCAUGGGUGGGGUGAGGACGAAAACAAAGAAUCCAGAUGGUGCGAUAUCACAUACGGGUUAGAUGUUAAAAGUGCUCAUGGGUAAAUUUCAGAGGCAGGGAUACCUCCAGCACUGAAGAUCAGGAGGUUAAAAAGGAAAGGCUCAUGCAGAAGAAAGCCAGUUGAGAGGCAGCAUUUGGCCUUCUGUUCUCCUCAGAGCGAAAGAUGUGGUCUGGGCUCACUGUGGUUUCCAAAGGCACGCUUUUUUUUUUCUUCCCUACCAGGUGCGUGUCCUGUUUUUCAAAGAGUACUGCGACAGCUGACUCAAAAAUGAGGACCACUCCUUAUUCUCUGUCCUCUCAACUAUCCUCCUUACCUUAAAAAAGGACAGACUCUUUCUUUUUUACAGCGCAUUUCUCUAAUGCUGGGGUUUGUGCUUAUCUCUCGCUGUUCCUCGCUCAAUUUCCCAGAGAGAUUGCAAACGUAGCCCAGUUUUCCGCCAACUGCUUUUCAACGUCAGUGCUCCCUCUUCUUUCCUUCUCUACCUUUAUCCAUCUUUUUUAAUAGCCCAAAAUUCAAGGAUGAAAAGCCAGUAGUUUUAAUAUCUGAAUAAUUCAUCUUUUUGUUCCAAGAAACUUAAUUAAUGCUGAGGUUACUGGCGCCUGUUUUGAUAAAGAAGCAAUUGACUUCAAGAAAAGGAUGAUUUAAAUUUUUUUUAAAAAGCUGUUUUUGAACAUUUUGAAGUUUAGGCAAAAGCGGAUAAAUUUUGCAUAAUUAAAAAAAAAAAUUAAGAUUUACUUAAGUAUUUGCAUUAUGGUAAUAGUAAUUUUAGAGUGGUUAAUUUUCUUGAAAAUAAUGUCACAAUGCAAAACAAAAUGCACAUCUUUAAAGCAAAAUAUAAUUUUUUUUUUUUUUCCUUUUGAUUUUGGGGUGAAUAACGACCUGUUCUGCACAGGUUUUGUACAAUUCAUUCUAAUGCCCAUGCAUGAUUUGCAUUGAACAGGAGGUGCACCAGUGUUAUGCAAUUUGUCUGUCAAAAUUGGAGUCUCAUUCUGAUACCCAGUCUCCUAAUAAUCCAUAUUAGCUGCUAAUGUACCUCUAUAUCACACUAAUAGCUCUUUACAGCCCUCAGCUGAGGCUAGCGAAGGAAGGCAGAUGGCUAACAAUGUGGCAACUUAAUUGCAAGCCUUGAUUAUAAAAAUGAAUCUCUAAACAAAGAAUGUUCACAGCUGUCUUUUGGCAGGCAUUCUGAAGAACUAUAAGAGGCAGCUGCGGGAUUUUCUUGUGGCAAGUUUCCUGACUAAUUGCCACAGAGCAAUUGCUGUCCCAGAGGUUGUUACGCUAGCUGCGCCACCCCUUUGUAGUUACAUUCGUGGAACAUAGUCUUAUUUAGGCUUGUUUGCAUGACUCAUUCAGCCAGAUUUGCUGAGUUUCUCGCAAGCAGAAUAUGCAAAAUACUCUCGCAAUAGUCUCCAAUGGUUUGUUUGCUAUCUGCUGCUGCAGCCGAGAAUGGCGUUUUUCCAUUUUGAUAAAAUGUUCAUGUUGUAUCGAAACGUUAACCUUGUUCUUUUCGUAUUUACAUGAUAGUUGGAGGUAAAGAGGAAGCUACGGAGGUGAGACAGGAGCACGAUGUCCUCUGUUUAAUCAGGACUGCAGGUAACAAGCCACAUCCAUCAUCGCCUUCCGGACUAUCAUGGCAAGAGUAGCACGUCUGAAUUUUUAGUGCGUUAUCUUCGUCUGCUGGAAAUGUCUUUGAUUGGACGGUGUCAGAAAGGGAAUUACCAUGACAAAGAAGCCAGUUCAACCGCCAGUGGCAGUGCGGAUUGUUCUGGAAAUCACUGCUGCUUAGUAUACUUAACCCGAACCUCCGGCAUUCCCUGUUCACCUAAACCGUGCUUACAUAGUCCGCCCUUUACCUCAUAAAAUUCUGUAUUGGCACAUAAUCUUAUCUGUAAAUUCCAUCCCAGCAGGUUGUCAUAUCAUUGUAUACGACUUUGUCAUGCACAUAGUUUAUUUGAAGAUAACACUGUUGGAGAGGACCUUAAAGAAGACUAUGAUACUGAUUAAUAUGGUGGGGUCUUUAUCUUUACACUGAUAAGCAUUUGGACUAUGAUGUUCCCCGACUUUUGUUAUCUGAAUUUUUGUUUACAUUUCAGAACCAAGCAUAUGAGACUUUUCCUGUAUAUUUACAGUUACAGCUCUUAUUUCUGUUUAUUUAUUAUUUGUUGGCUUGAAGGGCAUCCCGUCGCUAUUAAUGACCCAGCAUUCCCUGCUGUUACAAGCAGUAAAUUCAUUCCUCUGGCAGUAGCAAAACAACCUUGCGACAAAACCAUAAAAUCUUUUGACACCACUCCCCAGCUCGGUGAUGUACAGACUUUGUUUUCACUUCUUGAUGUUUUCUUCUCAUUUUUUAUGUAUGGGUUUAUUUAUUUUUCACUUUUUUAAAAUGAAAUCUGGAUGUGUUUGUUGCUUAGAGUCCCUGGACCUCAGUCACACAGGCUAACUCUCCGUUCUCCGACGCUAGGCAGAAAACACUACUGCUGCUGCAUCAAACAUCAAAUACCAUCUUCUACAUUGAGAUACUGUUGUUUUUUUAAAGUAUUUCCUUCACCGGGAUGACCCGAGUCAGGCUGUGUGAAUGUGGUCCAUUUGUGUUAUCCAAUAUUUAUUGAUGUUCUUAUGAAUUCUAGUUCUGUCAUUGUAUUAUAUUCUUUACCGAACAAGUGAUCAAUUAAAAACAUUGGAUGAG